AUGUUGGGUGUUGAAUAUGCUUCAUUUGAUAGUACUCGAACAGAUUUAAGUAUAAAUAGUAGAGAUGUCAUUAUUGCUGAACAAUGGUUAGUCCUUGGAAGAAUAGGUGAAGGCUCAUUUGGUGAAGUAUUUGAAGCGGAGGAUGUUGAUACUUUUAGACAUUAUGCUAUUAAAAGAGAACCACUUAAAAUGCGCCAUCCUCAAUUAAAACAUGAAAGCAUCAUGUAUGAUGUUUUAGCCGGUGGACCUGGUAUUCCACAAUGCCAUUGGCAUGGACAACAUGAUGGUUUUGAUUGCAUUGUCAUUGAUUUGUUAGGACCUAAUUUAAAUCAACUAAAACAAACUAUACAAACAUUUCCACUUGAUGUGGUAGUUGACUUUGGCUGUCAGAUUGUUUCCAUAUUGGAACAUAUCCAUAAGAGUGGUCUUGUUUACAGAGACAUUAAACCCGAUAAUUUUUUAUUUCCAUCUCAUUGUCAUUUACCAGAAGCAGAAAUGAUCGAGAUACCAGAUGAUAAUGGAAUGCCUCAUAUCAAGUAUAUAAAUCCUACGUGUAAAGAAGUAUUUAAGAAAUGGAAUGAACCUCAUCCAAAGCUUCACAUUGUUGAUUUUGGUCUAACAACUUGGUGGCGUAACCCAACAACCGAAAAACCAUACCCAGAAACGAAACGAAAUAUUAAGAAUAAAACAGGCACAGCAAGGUAUGCUUCCCUGAACGUUCAUCGUGGUAAACCUCAUUCCCGACGUGAUGAUAUUGAAAGUCUUGGUUAUUUACUACUUGAUCUCUUAUUUGGUACAUUGCCCUGGACGGGUAUUCAGGCACGUAAUUCUCGAGUAGGAUGGGAUAGAAUGCGACAAAUUAAGGAAGAUACAUUUAUGGAGGAUUUAUGUGCUGGUUUACCUCAAGGUUUCUUAGAGUUCAUUCAAUAUGCACGUAAACUUAAGUUUUUAGAAGAACCUAAUUAUGAUUUGCUGCGUCGAUUUUUACAAGGCUCGUUGGAAGGAGGACGCUAUUCAAUCGUUGUGAAAUCACCAUUUGGAGGGCAUACAGAACGUAAAUGGCAACAGGAUAUUGAAAAGAAUCCUGUAGAUCAUAUUAUCCGACCUUAUAGUAAUAUGCACGGACAACACUAUUAUGAACCACCACCACCCACUCAUCAAACAACUAAUAACAAACAACGACAAAGAAGAGCAUCUUAUAAUUCACCGAGAUUUAAUAAUAACGAUAAUACAGAUAUAUUUGCAAUGGAUGAUAUAGCUAAUAAUCUACCACAUGAUAUCAAACCUAUUAAUAAGAAUAGAAAUAAUUAUAGAAGAUCCAGUCGAGAUCUUACUGCUUAUACACCGGGACCUUCUUCAUCAUUUCAAAAAUUAGUUGCUAAAAAUAAAAGAAAGCAAAAACGUAUUGGAUGGAACUCGCAUAAACAUGAUGAUAUGCCAUGGAAUCCUGAUAUUGAUUGGGAUACAAAUGCAGAUACACCAAAUAUUAACAUUACUCAUGCUUCUUGGGGUGAAGAUAAGCCUGACCCUGCUUGGGGAGUUGCUGCGUGGACAGUAAAAGAAGAAAAGGAAGAGGAAGAAGACUCAUGGGCUUCCAAAGUAACCAAACCUUGA